AUGCCGCCGCCCGAGUUCGACGACGGCGUCGAGCCAGCCGCCAAGCGCGCGCGUCUGGGCCCAGGCGCGCCAUCCGUGCCGGCGCUCGAGCUGGCCUAUCUCGGCCCGGAGGGCACGUACGGCGAGCAGGCCGCAAGGCGAUUCGCGCACCGCCUAGGCGUCGAGGUGUCGCUCGUGCCGUGCAAGAACAUAGCUGCCAUCUACGCCCACCCCGCGCCGUUCCUCUGCAUGCCGUUCGAGAACACGCUCCAAGGCACCGUGCUCGAGACGGUCGACUGCCUGCUGUCGCCGUUGGCCACCAAGCCGCGCACGCCCGCGGCGUACCGCCGCCCAGUGGCUAUCGCCGACACGGUGCUGCGUAUCGACCACCAGCUGGUCGCGCGGCGCGGCGUCACGAUCGACCAGGUGGCCUGGGUGCGCUCGCAUGAGCAGGCGCUCGGCCAGUCGAGCGCCUUUCUGGACGCGUACUUGCCCGCCGCGCGCCGCGUGCCCUGGCCUUCGACUGCGGGCGCGGUCGCGAGCCUGUUCGACGCGCCGAACGAGCCCGGUGCGGCGCUGUGCUCGGGCGCGGCGUACGAGCGGGAUAAGUGGCGCCUGGAGCUGCUAUACUCUGGCACGCAGGCCGUGAAAGACAACUUCACCCGCUUCCUCCUCCUCACGCGCCUGCCUGACAUCCCCGUCGUGCCCCAGCCACACGGGUACGGCUUCACGAGCCUGUUUGCGUGCGCCGACCCGCGCGCGCUGGUCGCAAGCCACGCACAGCGCAGCAAUAUCGUUGUGGCCACGCACCAGCGGCCCGCACCGCCAAACGUCGCCCCCGAGCCGUUCCCCCGCUGGGUGCUCGCCGAGGUCUACGAGCGCGACCCCGAGCAGCAGGACGUCGGGGGCACGCUCUGGCUCGGGACGUUCGAGAUGGAGAACCCCCGUGCUGCCGACGCCGUUCAAGCCGCCCAGCCAUCACCCUUCCACGCCCCAUCGCCAUUCCAAUCACCAUAUCAGUCACCCGCACAGACACCAACAACUAGCCAUUUCUACAGAAUUUAGGGUAAUAGAAGUUUAUAUCACAUCAUUG